GGCCCUGAGACGUUCAAAGACAAACAAGAAAACAAGCUUCCCCUCUCUUCAUCGAGUCCAUCUGCGCCACCAAGCCCGCCCGUGCAUGUGUCACCGCAAACGCUCAGGAAUAAUUGUUGACUUGUCAGUAAAAUAAAGGGCAGCUAUUUGCGAUGGAGAUAAAUAAUUGAGGGGUGAAAUGCGGCUAUCCGACUGCGCAUCCCUGGUGGUGAAUAGGGAAAUAGUGCGCCAGUGUCCCGUCUGAGAGAAGGCGUCGAUAAUCUGAGAUCCGGAGCCUCUCCUUCUUUUUAUUAUUCCACAAGCAAAAGCAUCGUUCCAAACAUGGUGACCAUUUGGCUGUGAAUUAACAUCAACUCAAGCCAGAUUUUCCCUUGUGCUCAUCAUUUCUCUUCAUCACUGGAUCGCAUUGCCCACUCACCUCCCAAGGCCUUCCAUACUGAUUCUCUAUGCCUACAGGAUCCAGAAUCUUCAGUAUUUCUAAAAUUAGUCCCUCCACUCCCCUCUUACUCUUGACUACUCAUACUCUCUUUGCUUGAUACUUGGACUGUUGAUUUUCAAACCCAAGAUUUUUGCGUAUCCCUCCUACACCCUGUCACCCAUGGCUUCUCCCAAAUUGGGCCUUUCAGCCACUACCACCUCCUCGCCCUCAUCAUCUUCUGCCUCCAUGUGUCCUCCACACCCUGGAAGCCCUAGCCGUGUGCCCGAGGGUCCUCCAAGUCCAGUUACUCCGACACCUAGUCCAGGUGUGGCGUCUGCCGGAGCUGCUCCCACCAGGGCCCAGUUGAGUCUUGCUCUGAUAUUAGAAGAGUUGCGGGUGCUUCAGCAAAGACAGAUAAACCAGAUGCAAAUAACAGAGGAGAUCUGCAGACAAGUACUACGUCUGGGUGGGGCAUCUUACUCUAUAGACUCACCUUCUCAGCAUCUUCUCUCGCCCCUACCUCAACUCUGUCUGGAAGCCAAAAGGGCCAGCAGCCCAACUACCCAAACCACUGAUACAGAGGGUUCCACAUCGGUCACUCCUCUCCUGGCAUGUUUUUCAAGCUUGCUUCCCUCUCAGGUGGCUAACAAACCUUCAAAAUCUAGUAAUGCCUUGUGUCAAAUUCUCCAAACAUGCAAGCCCCAGAUGGAGGGCACAGAAGACAAUUCAGGGGCAAGUAGUUACCCAAGGGUGCGCACACACUCCGCAGAUCAUUCUGCAUCUUCAGCUGCUGCCAUGACUUCCUCAACCUAUCCACUUGCUUUAUCUUUGGCUUUACCUAACCAUUAUUUUAAUGAAAAAUUGCCAAAUGAAAUCUCAAUGAGUGAGCACGGUGGCAAGUCCUACCUAAAUGCAGCCCUCUCGUCAGUAUCUCCGAAUGCACAAUAUACACUGCAAUCGUUCCCCGGAGGGAUAAACCCUUCCUCUAGCAGUUCUAACCGGCUCCAGCAUGCUUGCCGUUUUUGCGGGAAGAUUUUCAGUGGGGACUCAGCCCUACAGAUACAUCUGCGUUCACAUACUGGGGAGCGGCCCUACCAAUGUCCUGUGUGCCUGAGUCGCUUCACCACCAGGGGCAACCUCAAAGUGCAUUUCUUACGGCACCGUGAGCAAAACCCAGAGCUCUCGCUUUCACUCCUUCCACCAUCUUUGUUUGGAGUUGCUUUGCGGGCAAAUGGAACCACAGAUAUGAGUCAGACUAGCAGCAGUGGUUGCAAUACUAGUGCUUUGAAGAUGUCUGAAAAGAAGCCAAAAAGCAGGCCUGAAGAUGAAAUAUAUGGAAAUGAUUUGCAGGUCAGCGGUACCAAUGGUGGGUUUCCUCUUGGAGUAUCAGGGGGGUCUACCCCUUGCACGCUACCCCUUCCUCCAAGUGUUGAUCUGGCCUUGAUUUCUCAUUCCUUGCUUCAACUUAACAGGGCAGCAGCUGUAGCAGCAGCAGUCUCAAUUGCCUCUGGCUCAUCUUACUCAUCCCCGUCUACCUCAUCAGCCCCCUCCUCUUCACUAGCAACCUCAUUACUUUCAAAUCCAAUAUCAUCUUCACCAUCUACCAUUACAGGAUUGCUAAAGGGUACAGAGCACUCAAAUAACUCUGAUGAAAACACCCCUCCUCAAGCUCCAAUGCUUUCUCCUGCAGCUUACUCCCAAUUAGCUCACCUGCCAAAGCUUCUUUUCCCAUCUGGCUCAUCGAGCUCUACCUCAAGUGUCACACACUCAACACUGCAUCCAGCUUUGGGCAUUCUCUGCAACCCAUUAGCUUCAAACCCUGGCUCCCACCAAACAGCCUCUUCCAGCUUGUCACACAUCACUUUCCCUUUCACGCCCUUCCAUAAACCUGCAACUGCUGUACAGUCCUCUACAGCUGUCUCUACACCUACAUCUGAAACCUCCAAGCUCCAGAGACUGGUGGAGAAGCUGGAAAAGACACCUUCUCAGUCAACCUAUCCAUGGUCCUCUUCCUCAAUUUCCACCUCUACAAUGGAUGUGCAAUCAAGCAAUACCAUAGCUUUGCCUGCCAGUUCAGCUAACAGUAAUUUCACAAGUACUAGCACUUCCACAACAUAUAUCAUGGCAGCUCCACCAUCCUCUACGCUGGUCACAACAUCUGUUUCAAAUUUCGCCAGUCAGAUGGUAGCUGCCCUCGGCAUGGGUGUCAAUAAUGUAAAUGCCAUUGCAGGGGGGUUGCUACCAGCACUGAAUAUCACAGGUGCAGCGAAUAAUUUAGCAACUAAUCAAUGUGGUGUGUGUCUUCGGGUUCUGAGCUGCCCCAGAGCACUGCGUUUACACCAGGCCACGCACCUUGGAGAGCGCCCUUUCCCAUGCAAGUUAUGCGGAAGGUCCUUUUCAACCAAAGGCAGUCUACGGUCCCAUCUGGCGACACAUCAUGCUCGGCCCCAUAAUGCUCGUGUCCACAACUCUUGCCCACUGUGCCAGCGUAAAUUCACAAAUGCUCUUGUACUACAACACCAUAUUCGUAUGCACCUUGGUGGUCACCUGCCGCCUGUAGGCACUGACGAUUCUACCUGUGAGCCAACAUCUGAUUCUAAUGCAAAAUCUUUGUCACAAUCUGAGUCCAACUCCAAUGCACAAAACACUGUGCCAAAUAAAACACCUCAACCUAGCAACUUAAACAGCCUAUCCCCGAGUUCAAAAUUACAAAAUGUGGAAACUGAUUCAUGCGCCGUUGCUGACAGUACACCUGCUGAAUGCACUGCAACUACUACCAAAUCUGUCCCCACUAGCCCAGACCUCAAAUCCCCCGCUGAUCUUAGUCCCGACCCCUUUAUGAAUACCACAACUCAAACUCCACCUGCAACCACCGAUGAUCCUCCUUUCCUUUGUGCAAAUGCUCCUCUGCCAUUUACCCAGCAUACCGAAUUUGAUGACUUUUCCCUCGUUGACAAAGAUGAUCGACUUGAGCAAACUGCCACAGAUUCAGCCUCCAAGUCAACUUCACCUGUUACCCAAAACACUGCAUUGCAUGACGUUAUGGCCAGGGACUGUGAGGAAACCUCUUAUUUAUCUGAUGCAUCUAUUGUUCCCAAAUCAAACCAGCCAGAUCUACAAAGCACAUCUACAAAAUGUGACCCUUUUACUUACAACUGUUCAAGUACAAAUUCUUCUAUAACACAGAAGCAAGACGACACUACAGUUGUAGACACUCCAAACCCAGAGUCAAGCUUGGUCUCCGCAAGGGUGCAAUCACCCGAACCCAUGGAAGUAGACAGAGAACAGUUUUGUUCUCCAACAACACCAACACAAGCUAAAGUGCCUGAGGAAUAUUCCAAAAUGAUGUCAGCCUCAGAUAUUGCAGACAAUACUCAUCAAGGAAGUGAUCCACAUAGGGCUUCCACUUUCACAAAGGAGACAGGCCAGAAUUUUAAUUUUAACUCAUAUGAAGGAGACAACCAAAUAGAUGGUGUCAAUAAGAAAAUUGGAUCAUCUCCAAGUGAGGCACCAGAGUUUUCUGUUCCUCUCAGCCUAGCCCCAACUCUUCCAUCUCCAAUAGCUCGGCCGGAGAAGAAGACCUAUUGCUGUGCUGAAUGUGGAAAAGCGUAUGCUAGUCGCAGUGGACUGAAGGGGCACAUGAAGCACCAUGGAGUCGUAGCCAAAGCAACGCGCCCUUUAGCACGCAGUAGUCGUCCAUGCGCUGACCAACGUCAGUCAUCUACAUCAAAAAGUUCCUUGACUAUUCCGGCCUCCACAAGUGCAGCGGGUUUCUGGAACCAAUACCAAACCUUCCUCAACACCAGUCCUGGGUCAACUGAUGACACUUCUCUUGCCAGACAAGAAAUAAAUGAGUCUUCAAAACCUGCCUUGCAGUCUACGCUGGAUAAGGGUGCUCCCAAUGAAGCAGGAGAUUAAUUCAAUUCGGGGUCAUAACUCGAUUCAGUUCGAAUAGCUGAAUACUGAUUUCUUCCUGCAUUUCAUGUAGCCUCAGUUUGGUAGUCACAGUAAGUUAUAUGUUUGUACGUGAACGUUGUAAGUCAAUGAAUAUGGUUUCAAUACAAAAACAGACAUAUUGUGUACAACACGAAUCAAAAUAUUCAAGUAAAUCUGUUGUCAGUAAUUGCUGUGACAAGACUGUUGUUGACUAAGCGUAUUAAUGUUGUAUGUCAGAUCUGGUUUUGCUCUCUACCGGACAGUGAAAGGUCUUGUCUACCUCAGGAAUGGUAUUCAAAUAUGACCUAUUACUAAGAGGCUCGUGCAAAAUAGACUUCCUUCAAAAGGACUUCACUUCGCAAUAACAAACCAGAGCAACAUUAUCAAUGCAUUUUUGUGGAAUUUUCUGUCACUUGUCCCAUGUUCAGAUUCAUAUGAAGUACAAUAAUGCCUUGUGAAGUACAGCACAGCUGCAGUCUUUGUGAAUCUACUGAGGAUAAGAACAAUAUGAAUGUUGUUUGGUGCAAAAGUAACCUGUGGCACAAGCUACUAAAAGUAUAUAAAGUUUAUGUUUGUUGUGAUAUGUACAUUAAUUAUCACUAAUAAAAAUGAGAUGGGGACAAAAUGAUAAAAAAUUAAUCCUAUUUUAAUUAUUUCACUCUCAUGAACAAGACCCUGAGAUCCUUAAACUCCAGUACUUGGGAAAGGACGUCACCUCCUACCUACCUAUUCUCAGAUUUGUAGGUGCCAAUUCUCAUCCCAACUGUUUCAAACUUGGCUGUGAACCAAUCAAGUGAGAGUUGAGAACCACAUCAUCUUUAAAAAGCAGGGAUGGAGUACAAACGCCACCAAACCGGAAGCCAUUGACAUCCCACCUCCCAGUAUACUCUAAAAACUAGGGAUGACACGAUCCGACCACAUGAUCGGAAAUUGGGCCGAUCACGCCAUUUUUCAGAGGAUCGCAAUCGGGUAAAAAGGAUCGGGUUUUUAACUAAAACUAUAUAUAUAUUCAUGGUUUUCUGCUUCAUGCUCAUACAGCGCCACA